UGCAAGGCGAGUCGAUUCUCCUACAGAAACACAUGCAGCUCCACCGAGCCCAGCUUCAUGGCAUCCAUUCCCUGUUCCAUCAUGAAAAUAACGGGAACUGAUCACUACAAAGCAUCGGAUUUGUAAUGUCUUAACACUUAAAUAGAGAAAGAGAAUAAAAACUGGUAACUAAAGAUCAGCUGUACCAUUCCGAAAGGUUUCGAUGCUUAUGCAGAAGGCUGAUAUUUACUUAACAGAUGUCAGGUAGUUUUGUCUAGCUGACAUUCACGGGCAGACAUGCCUUUGGUGAAGAGGAGCAUCGAACCUCGCCAUCUGUGUCGUGGCGCCUUGCCAGAAGGGGUCACCAGUGAGCUCGAGUGUGUCACCAACAGCACCCUUGCUGCCAUCAUCAAACAGCUGGGCAGCCUCAGUAGACAUGCUGAAGAUAUAUUUGGGGAGCUGUUCAAUGAAGCAAACAGCUUCUACAUGCGGAUGAAUAACCUUCAGGAGAGGGUGGAUCUCCUUGCAGUUAAAGUCACGCAGUUGGAUUCCACUGUAGAAGAAGUUUCCCUUCAGGACAUCAACAUGAGGAAGGCCUUCAAGAGCUCCACAAUCCAGGAUCAGCAGGUGGUAUCUAGAAACUCUAUUCCCAAUCCAGUCAUGGAGAUGUACCAGCGCUGUGACAAACCUCCUCCUCUCAACAUCCUCAGUCCUUACAGGGAUGAUAAGAAGGAUGGGCUGAAGUUCUAUACAGAUCCCUCCUAUUUCUUCAAUCUCUGGAAAGAGAAGAUGCUUCAAGCCACCGAAGACAAGAGGAAAGAGAAACGAAGACAGAAGGAGCAGAAGCAGGUUGAGGAUCCGAGCAGAGAGGUGAAGAAGGUGAGAAAGGCCCGGAACCGUCAACAGGAGUGGAAAAUAAUGGCCUACGACAAGGAGUUCCGGCCCGACACGCGCUUCUCCCCAUCACCGUACCAUGCCAUGUCCUCCGAGGGCUCCCUCUCUCCUGACAGCAGUCCUAGGUCAAGGUCAUUAAGCUGUAGGAAAAUAUCAGAGAGGUCAGUGGCAUCAGACGCAGGCGAACACUCGUCCUACCCAGCCAGCCCGAACCAUCCCUCUCAACAGGUCAGCACCUCCAGCUCCUACUCGGCCAAUGAGAGCAAAGAGCUGCUGGCGGCUCCCAGUCAGACCCAGUCCCUCGACCGACCUUACCGCCCACCAGCCACUGUCCCAGGCCGCCAGAACUCCUUAGGCCGUGUGCAGCAGUCACACGCACCUCCGCCCACUGACCCAGCUCUCAACGGACCCCGGCCUCAUGCGGUGAAAGAUUACAGCUCCCAGCAGAUGCAGAUGCCAGAGUACUUUGUGCCUCCUGCGCCACCUCCCCCUCCUCCACUCAUCCCUUCUGCUCAGACUGCGUUUGACAGCCCCGCUGCCCCCUCGGCAUCUCUGCCCUCCAGCACGGUCACUGCAGUGUCUCGCCCCUACACCCCGUCCCCUCCCCCAGCACCCCCUGCGUCCUACAUCCCCUCCCCUCCCCAUCCUCCUCUCGGGGGUCCUCCUAUGGCCCCUCCACCCCCUCCUCCUGGUCCCCCCACUCACACUCUCUCUCCAGCUCACACUGCCACUCCCCCUGCCACCCAAGAGUCCAGGAAGAGCCAGGUUCCUCUCAUCCCCAUGAGCGAUGCCCGCAGUGACCUCCUGGCUGCCAUUCGCAGAGGUAUUCAGCUCAGAAAAGUUCAAGAGCAGAGAGAGCAGGAAGCAAAGAAAGAGCCAGUGGGCAACGAUGUGGCCACCAUCCUGUCCAGGCGCAUUGCUGUGGAGUACAGCGAAUCCGACGACGACUCGGAACUUGAUGAGAAUGAGUGGUCUGACUAAGGCAGAGGAGGAAACAGUGGGUCAUCGUUCUGCUAAGUCUCAGUUUCAGAUCAGGGCCUCCUCUCACCUGCUCAUAGGGCAACUCCAUAACAACCUGUUGAGCAUGAUGGUAGUUGAGUCAAAAGUAGCAUACAUACUGUACCAAUGCACAGCUCCAGAACUGGGACAGUACAGUCAGCCUUGGCUAGACUGGAGUAGUGUGUCUGUGUGGGGGGGGGGGGGGGUUGUGGCCUUUUGGAAUCUGUUUUAGGAUUUUUUCAAUUUUCAGCUUUUGCGGGACUUCACAGUAAUUUGAUUUGUCUCAGUUCUCUGAACUUGUUCAUGAACUUUGUCUUCAGGGAGUUUUUCUAAUACUUGGCUGUUAGGGAAACAUUUGAGCUAAGUGGAUGACACUCACUGCCUUUUGUUGUAAGUGGAAUACAUUUUGGGUUGAAUAUGUUAUAAUUUGCUGUUUUGAGUUUACAAAAAUAAGAUCUAGAGAGAAAUGAUUUUCAUUAACAAAACAUGAGUAUAAACACUGUGGCCUGUUAACAACAGUGUCUGUCCUGUGUGAUUUAGUAGAAGUUUUAGAUUUCCUGCUUUGAUGUGUUUUAUGACAGAAAAAAUGUCAGGCUAGUCCUUGGACAACCUAUUUUAACUGAAAAAGGUUAUUUCAUGUGAAACUAUCUGAAUACCACUGCAGUAUAGAACAUACCUGAUAAAUAUGUUCCUUUGCCUCAUAUACACCUAAUCAUAAUUCACAAUAGGUUUUCCAACUUAAAAUUACUCUAUAAUGGCAAGUCACAUACAGUACACUUUAAGUAUUAAUAAAAAGAUAAUGUGACUUGAUUAGCAAGUGAGAUAAUUUUGGGAACAAGGGAAGAGAAUUGGAAAUUACUUUUUUUAUGCUACAUAUUCUACCUUAAACCUCUGACCCUAAACAGUGAGAUCUUGUACAUAUCUGGAGUACACAUUUAUUUAAAAGACUUCUCCCAAAAAAUAAUUUAUUAAAAUAACAAGAUUAUAAGAUUAUCUUCUGAUUAUAAGGGAUCUUAGAUUUCUUGUAUAGACAGGUCAGAGACCACACAGAAUGAAAAUAAAUGGAGUAAAUAGCUUUUAAGGUCAUGUAGUGUCCUAUGAUCUAUUCUUAUCAAUUUCAAAAUUAAUAGGCUCCUCCAUGUUUGGUGGGGGUUUGUGGUUCAGUACCAUAUGAAACCCUUAAUUUUCUUAGCUCUUGGAAAAGACAAGUGUAUACAAUAUUAGUUUGUGGGGGUGGGGGUGGAGUGCAGGAAAAAGGAAACAUUUGAAUUUUUGAUGGUUAAAACAACCAAUAGCAAGUCAUUACCACUGGUAGCCUGAAAAGAGACAGUUAUAGUAAGAAACCCCACAUCUACCUCACAGCAACACAAUAUUGAAGUGACAAAGUGCUGGAAUUGAGGAUGCCUGAUUUGUGGUCAUGCACAGUUUACUAGAUGAUUUUACACAGUUUGUUAUUCAGGCUCCAUUUACAAAAACUCAGAAAAUUUGUACAAAUGCAUUAAAUAUUCCUAAAUGACCUACACCACACUGCACAGCCAGAGAAAUUUACUUUUCAGCAUUUAAAACUUCGACAUGCAUUCUCAAAUACAAAUCACACCUGCACAAAAUAAUCAGGUAAUAAGAGAUUUCCAUUGAAAAGACAUGUAAAGACCUAACAGAUUCUAACAGAACCUUUUGAAAAUGUAAAACGUGCAUUUUCUAGUCUUGAAUAAAACAAAUAUGUGCUUAGUAAGCCACAUGUUAAAGUUUACUCUUUUAAAAAAGAGUAGCAUAAAAUAAACAUAAUUUACCAAAACUUUGGGAGCUGUAUCAUGUAGUGAGUUCAGUUUGACAAUUCAUGAAUGAAAAGGUAAAUGAGUUAUGUUGGUUGCAGAGCAUUCAAAACCAUAUAUUUUAAUAUUAUAUUUUCCAUAUGUGAUAGAAGUAGGUGUUAAAAGGUAUCUUUUUCCAAAUUUACUUAACCUAAAAUUUGUAAAACACUACAGCACGUCAAAGAAUGUGUUUUUCUCCCAUUUAACCUUGGUUAUUAAAUAUUAUAUAAAACCUGAAGCUGGCUUCAGCUUGCCUGUAUAGAGAACUGAUCCAGUGAAAGGGCUUUAAGAGGAAACAGCAGAAGCUCAGAAAGCAAAGCUAUGCAUCCAUUAAAAAAGUCUAGAGAUAUCACCUACAAAACCAAUAUGUUCCGCUGCUUGCAGUCUUAAUUGCAUCUUUAACAGUAAGAGUGAAAAGGAGUAAGUCAAUCAAAAUGAUAUGAAGAGACCCAUCAAUGAAUUCAUACUGCAAGCUUUUCUAUCUUCAAACAAGUCAUUUGACGCAUUUUAAUGAAAGUUUUUUCUCAUAUUUCUGUGGCUCCUAUAUAAAAAUGACAAUGAUGAUUAAAAGUUAGAACAGUGGUCCGGUCGAUGCCCAGGGGUCACAUCCAAAGUUUCUCCCUUACAUGAAGGAAAAUGGAAGAACUUUCAUUAAUAUCUUAAGGAUGUAGGAAUUCGGCCCUGAUAAUGCACCAGAGGGUGAUUUAAGGUACACUACCACUGAAGAAGUGAUUGAUGGCAAUAUUUACAAAUCUAUCCCCAUACUAAAGUACUAAGAGCAGACUUGCUCAAUUCUUCUUUUAAAGUUUACAAAGUGUGAUCCUACUGAAAUAAAGGUGUCAAAAUUCAGUGGUCUAAAGUAUUAAAGGCUCUUGACGUCACUCCUACUAAAGGCCCAAAGUUAGUCUUGGCAGACUGUUUAACGUGAAUCUGUGCAAAGAGAACUCAAUUCCUAUGCAUUAGCCCUUAAGAACUUUUUUAAAACAAUUUUGGCUGUCCUUAGGAAAAAACGUUUGAUCCUGUCUGAAAAUCAUUGUCACCAGAAAGGCAGGAUACUCUUUCCAUCUGUACAGUACAUGUUGCCAUUAUGGUCUCAAUAAAGUGACAGUAUAGGCUUGGCAUAGUGAACAAUCUAUUGCCAUAAAGCUUCCUCUUUCCUAUUGUAUAUAGAAACAUUCUCUCUGUUCCUUGGAACAAAAGUGUCUCUUGCUUGCAUCAUUCUAAUUUCUGUGGUUCCCUACUGUAAAAUGUAUCUCCUCUAACUAUUUAACAUUGCCUUGUAGUAUUUUUACUUACUAAGCAAAUAAGAUCAGGAUCAAUAUCACCGUUAUGGAUACCAAUAUCAGUGUUAUGGAGGGCGUGCAGUGUGUACAGAAUAAUUGAUAGGUUUGUUUUAAAAGAAAUAAA